CUCGUGUACCAGGCGAAGAAGCGUCAUGUCGGCAAUGAUCGAGAGUCUCAUUGGGACGUACGACCAACGUAACUCGUCGACGUGGCGACGAGAAGACGUCCAGCACCGGGACCAGGAGUGCCAGUGGCGAAUAGAUGACCUCCAGCGCGAGCAAGAGUGGCGCGGGCAAGACAUCCGUCGCAUCAAAAUCCAGGCCAAGUUAGAAAACGAACGCCGUCAAGCCGACACGCGGUCCGAGCAGCUCUCGGCCGUGUCGUCUCUUGGCGCGUUGCUCGGCGGGUUUGCGUUGGUGUCUAUCAUCAACGUGAGCUUGCCCGACCCCAUCGAUCUGAACCUGCUUUGGGUCUACGGCGUCACGUCCGCACUCUGUAUCUGCUGCAUGGUGAUUUCUUCCGUGGCGUUCACUGUGUUGUUGGUCGCCGUCACUCGAUACUCGGCCCACGAGCUCGAGUUUGACGUCCGAGCCCUUCAAGACGACGACAUUGACUUUGAAUCUCCGUUUUACACGUGGUGGCUCAAGAAAUGUGAAACCGACUGGAUGCUGGGCUACCGCCUCUUUCGCUUUGGUAUUCAUUUCGAUCGUCUCGAUGGGAUUGCAAACAUGCGUCUUCCUAGGCGUGACAUUGUUCUUGGCUGAGCUGGGGAUCGUGUCGUGGGUCCAGUACAGUCGAUGGCAACUCACGUCGAUCAGCAUCUCUGUGGUCGCGGUCAUCGGCCUCCUCAUUUGGCAGUUCCGGAUCCUGAGCAAAUGGCGCUACUUGAUGAAAGUCCCCGCCGUGCAAGUUAGCGCCAUCCCGCGAGACAUCGUGACCCCGUCCACGUAGACGACAAACCAACCCAAACUACUACUAGUACGUAGUAGGACGUACUUAGUACUAUUACUAAUACUAAUACUACUCGUGUAUUGAUU